AAUUGCAAGCUCACAUUGGUUGCAUCACCAACUAUGUACCAAGUCGAAGUGCAGUUUACAAUGCCAUUUAGUACCAUUUAGUAUACGUUAUUUGUUCAACUCGUGUGAUAUGUAUAAGACAGACAUAUAUUACCAUGAAACUAGUGCAAACCAAUAAUUUUGUAACUGAUAAAUUAUUCUCGUGAAUUCGAUUAGGUCGUAUCUUUUUGUACGGGGAACAACGUGAAAUUUUGAUGAGAUGAUAUAGUAAAACCGCUGCUAAAACGAAGCUUUUGUAAUUAUUCUAAUGUAACUAUAUAGGACUUAUUACUAAGGAUCCACAACAUUCACAAUGUUUUCAAUAAUUAUUCUAUGACUUUGGUGACAAAUAGAGUGUUUGAUAAUAUUCUCAUUCGUAUCUAUGUAUUAUGAUAUUGUCGAUUAUCUUACGCUUGUCAAAAAUAUGGCGAAAUUGAAAUAUACAAUUUGGGGUCUCUCCUCUAACUUCGUCGCAAAUCGAUAUUUUUCACGUUUAUUGACGUCACCAUGGUACAAUGUAGCUACAGCUUCGUCGAAAGAAAUGUCCACUGCGGCUGCUGUUAAACCAAAAAAUGGCAUCAUCAUUACUGACAGUUGUGUCAGACGUUUAAAAGAAAUUACAGAUGACAAUGCGUACUUAAGAGUAACAGUAGAAGGCGGAGGUUGUUCAGGUUUCCAAUAUAAAUUUGACUUGGAUACAAAUAUAAAUGAAGAUGAUAAGAUAUUCCAAAAGGACGGUGCCAAAGUGGUUAUAGACGAAACAUCUUUAGAAUAUAUUAAAGGAGCAACAAUAGAAUAUCAUGCAGAAUUGAUACGCUCUGCGUUUAGGAUAACGAACAAUCCUUUAGCAGAGCAAGGUUGUAGUUGUGGAGCCAGUUUUUCUAUAAAAGUUUAAUGGUUCCUUUGCACAUAGAAUAUUGAAAUUUAGAUGAAAAGUAUUUUAUCUGCAUUGUAUUUAUUAAUUCUUUGAUCUAAUAAUGGUUGAAAUUGUUAAUCCUGGUACUAGAGAAGCGUUUUCUCUUCUUCGUACGAUCACAAUUGUUAGACACAAUAUUUAAGAAUAUCGUUAUGUAUAUGCUUAUACAUUUUUAUUUUAUAACAAGUAAAAUACAAACAGAAGCUUUAAUUCAGAGUAUAGAGGAACAAAUUGUUCGGUUAACAUUGUAAUAAACUCAUUGUAAAUAUGUGUAAAUGUUAAUACCAUAUAUUUUAUGAUUCUAUGUAAAAUGUAGGUUCUUGUAUUAUAAGUGUUCAAGAAACGAACAUCAAGAAUAAUUUUUCUUUGAAUUUUUUAAAUUAUGUAACACUGACUUCAGAUAUUAACGAGGACAGGAUCAAAAUUCUUAAUUAUAGUUUUAUAGGUACAUCGUAUUUCGGUGAAAUUAAAAUUACCAACGAUUCUGAUUACUUUCUGUCGCUGAUGGAAUGUCAAUAACAGUUAAUUUGCAAUCUAA